AUGAAGGAUUUGCGAGAAGAGGAGCUCGAUCGAGCUGAUCGAGCUGAGGAUCGAGCUGAGCUCGAGCUGAGGAUCAGGUCCAGGAGAGUGCGGAUUUGGAGGAUUGGACUUCUCCAAAAGUUCAACAAAUGGCAAGGGAAAGCCAUUGAGAAGAUGCAAAAGUCCAUGGACAAGAUGGUGAGCAAGAUCAAAGUUUGGAGAAGAAAGUUUCUGGUUCUUCAAGCAAGAAGAAGUCCAAGGCCCCCACUUUCCCUAGGAGUAGAUCACUCCUCACCACUCCAAGGAGGCUCCCUGCCCAAGAGCCUCACAGAGCCUCUUCUUUCGAGCCAAGGAGAAGGAGAGACAACACGCAGAGAAGGAGGAAGAGCUCCAAGGCCAGACGCUCCAGCUCGACCACCGGACUCGAUCGAGUCCAAACAGAGGAAACUCAACUCGAUCGAGCUGACGGUCGAGUUGACCUGGAGGAGCCCCUGUUUGAGAACCCGGGAUUCGAGUACGAUCCCAGCCUACCAGGACUUCCCAGAGAUGGACCCCUACAAGCUUCGAGCAAGCAGCUCCACCAAGGCCAAGGGAGCCACACACACUUUGAUGAAGAAGAGGAAGAAGAGGAGCCACAAGCUCGAUCGAGCUAAGUUUGGGGGUGCCAACUCGAGCUCGAUCGAGUUGGGUGUAAAAACCAGAAAAGUGGUCUUUUGGAGCAUUCUGGAGCAUAUGGGACAUGAGGAGCAUGGAGGGACUUGGCACAUGGACGCAGCUCAACUGGAUACGCAAAGGAAGAAGGGAGAAGCCAUCUUGAAGACCAGCUCGACCCCACUCGACCAACCGGUCGAGUUCCUCAACUCGACCGGCCAAGCUUCAACUCGAUCGAGCUGA